AUGGACGCCAUCAAGAAGAAGAUGCAGAUGUUAAAGCUGGACAAGGAGAAUGCCAUCGACCGCGCAGAGCAGGCCGAGGCCGACAAGAAGCAAGCUGAGGACCGCUGCAAGCAGCUGGAAGAGGAGCAGCAGGCCCUCCAGAAAAAGCUCAAAGGGACAGAGGACGAGGUGGAAAAGUAUUCUGAGUCAGUGAAGGAUGCCCAGGAGAAGCUGGAGCAGGCUGAGAAGAAAGCCACUGACGCUGAGGCAGAUGUGGCCUCCCUGAACCGCCGCAUUCAGCUGGUAGAGGAGGAGCUGGACCGGGCGCAGGAGCGUCUGGCUACAGCCCUGCAGAAGCUGGAGGAGGCCGAGAAGGCAGCUGACGAGAGCGAGAGAGGAAUGAAGGUCAUCGAAAACCGAGCUAUGAAGGAUGAGGAGAAGAUGGAACUGCAGGAGAUGCAGCUGAAGGAGGCCAAGCACAUCGCCGAGGAUUCGGACCGCAAAUAUGAGGAGGUGGCCAGGAAGCUGGUGAUCCUGGAAGGAGAGCUGGAGCGCUCUGAAGAGAGAGCUGAGGUGGCUGAGAGUAAAUGUGGGGACCUUGAGGAGGAGCUGAAAAUUGUUACCAACAACUUGAAAUCCCUGGAAGCCCAAGCGGAUAAGUAUUCCACCAAAGAAGAUAAAUAUGAAGAGGAGAUCAAACUGCUGGAGGAGAAGCUAAAGGAGGCUGAGACCCGAGCGGAGUUUGCCGAAAGGUCGGUGGCCAAGUUGGAGAAAACCAUCGAUGACCUGGAAGAGACCUUGGCCAGUGCCAAGGAGGAGAACGUGGAGAUCCACCAGACCCUCGACCAGACACUGCUGGAGCUCAACAACCUCUGA